AUGGCACGUCGAGUGCCUUUUGACCUUCCAGAGGAGGCCAUCCGAGUGAUCAAGGAGGAUGGAGGAGUUAUACUCACUGGCUUUGCUCCUACAAGCGAGGUCGAACAAGUAAACCGUGACGUCGAGGAACUCAUGGCGAAACGAAAGAGCGAUGAGGCCAGGAAAGCCCUCUACAAGGGACGCAUUUACUGCGGUUUCCUGUACGGCCUGAGCGAGACGGCACGAGAGAAAUGGAUCUUGAACCCUACUCUCCAACUGAUUGUCAAUCACUUUCUCCGCACAGUGAACCCUCCGGACGUGGAUAAGAACAGCAUGCCAGGGAGAAGCACCGAUGCCAUUCUUUCACAGGCAAACAGCAUCCUGACCCUUCCAGGGGGUGCGGGCCAGGCCCUCCACCGUGACGACAGCAUCUGGCAAAACGUUCAUCCCAGCCAGGAGGAGUCAGGGUACCGCUUGGGCUCUGAUCUCGGUCUUGGGUUGUUAGUUGCAGGAGUUCAGACAACCCGUGCGAAUGGAGCCACGUUGUUUGUCCCUGGAUCCCACCUCUGGGGUGAUGCGCGAGACGCCACUGAGGACGAAGUUCAUGCCGUUGAGAUGCAGCCGGGCGAGGCGUUUCUCUUUCUAGGCUCAGCACUGAUACAUGCUAUUUUCUUCUGCCGCUCAUGGGUCCGACCCGAGACCAACGAAUUCGCUUGGUGGACCAGGGAUGAGGUGGAGACCUGGUCGACAGAUGCACAGCGACUUGUUGGUUAUGUUACUGAUAAGAUGCUGGGCAUCUGCGAUGACGGAGAUCCUAUUGACGCUCUACGACGACCACGGACAGAGGCCGCGGUCCUGAGCAACUAG